AAUUGGGGUGAGAGAGUUGUCUCCUGUGAAGUAAAGCAUCCAAUGAGGCGGAGGACUCCGAGCCCGCGUCGCCCGCUUCCAUCGAGCGACCCGGAUCUCGCGCGCUGGCGAGCGAGCGAGCGAGACAAUGAGGGACCACCAAAGAGGGAAUCCUUAUGGAUCUCGCGUCGGUAUGGAGACCAUUUAACGAGCUCAAGAAUCCGAUUCCGCUAGCUCUCGCCUUCUCUUUCCGUCGUUUCGUUGAUUAUCUAUAGCUUCUGAUCCCCUUUUCGCUUUUUUUUUCUCAUCAAAUUCUGCUUUUAUGAUAGUUUCUUCGAUUUCUUUGCAAGAUUUUGAUCUGGUGUCUAUUUUUUCCGUUUCUUGGUCUGGUUCCGAUCAUAAAUUUGCAAUCUUGAUAGACUUCAUAUUUGAUUGAAUUGAGAUAUUUAGCUGAAUCCUUUUUCUUGGAUUGGGAUGGGCCUGUAGAGAGUUUUGGGUGAUUGGCUUUUGCUUGUAAGUAGGGAGUUCUUUAUUCAUUGUUAUUAUGAUGUUUUCUUGGAGAAUUUGUACCCAUUUGCUUGUUCUUUUCGAUAUGGUUUAUUGAUCAGUAUUCAGUACAUAAAUAAAUGGCGACUUGUUGUUUGGUUAGCUGAUUCUUGAGUAGGGGCUUCCUGGGUUCUUUACGCUUCUUCUUGCUUCCAUGACUUUUAUGUGUUUGUUUCUGCUUCUCAAUCAGUUUAUGCGGAUACUUGUUCUUGAGUUGAUAAAAAUUUGAUGUUCUGGUGCUAAAUUGGGCCUUAUCUUGUGGGAUUAGUGAUUGAAUGGGCCAUAGAAACACACAGCCAUAUGGACUUGUAAGCCAAAAAUUCUUGUCCUGUUCGCUCUUCCUUGUGAUAGUCCUGGUUCUCUGCUGUAUCCUCUUCUGGGGUUCCACUGCCCCACCUGCUCCCAUCAACCAUAGCCUCUUACCCAAUGAAAAGGCCUUCUCAUUUAUCGAGGACCAGAGAAUUCCUCUCAGGGAUGCAAUGGGGGAUGACCUGUUAUUGAACCAUGGGAUCUCUUCCUUGGCUCAAAAUCAACCUGAAGAACAAGUACUCAAGAAAUGCGAUCCGAGCAAGGCACUCUUGAAAGUUUUCAUGUAUAAUAUGCCUCCUGAGUUUCACUUUGGUCUGUUGGGUUGGGUGGCUGAUGGCAAGAGUGUCUGGCCUGAUAUCCAUACUAAAAUUCCAUCCUAUCCUGGUGGAUUGAAUCUCCAGCAUAGCAUAGAAUACUGGCUUACAUUGGAUCUUUUAUCGUCAAGAUUUCCUGAUCGGAGAGGCCCAUGUACUGCUGUUAGAGUCGAGGACUCUCGUGAAGCCGAUGUUGUGUUUGUGCCAUUCUUCUCAUCUUUGAGUUAUAAUCGGUAUUCGAAGAUCGAACGACCAGAAAAGAUUGGUAGGAACAAGAUGCUGCAGCAGAAGCUGGUUAGUUAUUUAACAGCUCAAGAGGAAUGGAAAAGGUCAAAUGGGAUGGACCAUAUCAUAAUGGCACACCAUCCAAACAGCAUGCUGUUUGUUCGGACGUGCUUGUGGCACUGCAUGUUUAUUCUUGCCGAUUUUGGAAGGUAUAUUCCACAUGUGGCUAAUGUGAAGAAAGACGUUAUUGCUCCUUACAAACAUGUGAUAAAGUCCUUUGCGAAUGACACAUCUACCUAUGAUGAUCGACCUACUUUGUUAUACUUCCAAGGUGCCAUCUACAGGAAAGAUGGGGGCAAAAUUCGACAGGAGCUCUUCUAUCUUCUCAGAAAUGAAAAGGAUGUACACUUUGCAUUUGGCAGUGUUCGAGCGAAUGGGAUCAAUAAAGCCAGCCAAGGGAUGCGUUUGUCAAAAUUCUGUCUUAAUAUUGCUGGGGACACUCCUUCCUCCAACCGCCUUUUUGAUGCCAUAGCCAGCCACUGUGUUCCUGUCAUUAUCAGUGAUGAAAUUGAACUUCCAUUUGAGGAUGUCCUGGACUACUCUGAAUUCUGUGUCUUUGUCAGCGCUUCUGAUGCAGUCAAGAAAGGUUUCUUGAUGAAGCUGAUUAGAGGCAUAAGCCGAGAGGAAUGGACGCGAAUGUGGAAUAAGCUGAAGGAGGUUGAGCACUACUUUGAGUUCCAGUACCCUUCUCAGAAGGAUGAUGCUGUCCAGAUGAUCUGGCAUGCAGUAGCUAGAAAGGUGCCCGCGAUUCGACUGAAAGUGCACAAGUCUAGGCGAUUUUCUCGUUUUAAAAUUGGGAGAUAGAAUGCCAACCGAAGUAUAUUUUACAUUGAAAAGUGGCCGCUGGAGUGCUGAGGAUCUUGUUUCUUAUCAUUCCUCCAGCUAACAGUUUGCUCUGAGGAUAUGAGGUGAAAUUUGGGAUCUCUCAGUAUACUAAACAGAGUUGAAAUUCCAUCGUAGCGGUUUCUUCUCAGACUGUAAAGUUGCAGGGGAAUAAAAUGCUGUUUUCUCAAGUGGAGAGUUUGAGCAUUUAUUUUGUAGUUUUGGACAAUAAACAGUAGGGUGUCAAUUGGCAUCAUUUCAUUUGCUUGUACUCCCAAGGAAAGAAACAUUAGUGCCUUUUCCAAUUCAAUGUCCAAUUAGAGGAGACAUAUCAUUGUACCAUCAGAGCCACUGAGAUAAAGAUUAACUCGUUAAACAUAGAUGACGGUGGAUGUUUACAGUGUUCA